AUGAUGUCUGAAGCCAUCGUAACCUUCCAGUCUCAGCUCUCCGGAGUCAUGGAGACGGUAUUCAAGGCUGCUAUGUACGAGAUCACCAGGCUGGUGGAGGAUAGCUUCCUCAAGGAGGUGUCCCGCAGCCGAGAGCAGGUCGAGUCACUGAAGAAGCGGCUACAGUUGUCGGAGAACAGACGUAGGGAUGGGGACAGAGAGGUCGGCCGUACGGGGAAGUGUGCGGACUGUGGGAGAGCUGACGAGGAAGCCGAGGAGAGAAGCUCUGGAACCUCACAGACAGGUGUGGAGAGGGGGCGUGGCCUGAAGCAGGAGAAGGUACCAGGGGAGGAGUGGAGCAGCUGUGGGGGCGUGGCCAGGGAAACAACCUUCAAUGAUCUGGAGGAGGCAGAGGCCACCAGCCCUAGGAGAAUCUCUGAGUCCAGAGAGGUCGGAGGUCAGAAGCUGGACAGUCUGCUGAAAGAGGAGGCUCUCCACAACACUGAGCUACAGGAGAGAUGGGAGUUCUGCCUGGAUGGGGCCGAUGGUUCAGACGUCUCGGGGCCCAGUAAGAGUUUUAUUCAGCAGGAUCUACAGCAGUGCCAGGAUGACUGGGGGUCUGGUCUAGACCAGGGGCCUGAACCACCGGGCCCCGAGGGAGAGCCAGAGGACCCCACCGACCCUCUCUACCGCCCUCGUUACAGCAUGGAGGACCUUGGGGGCGCCUUUGAGAAGUCUGGUUACAGCGGUGAUGGUGGGAGCGACCAUCUUCUAGACAUGGAAGGGCUGGAUAGGCUUCCUGGUUCUCCGUCUCGUCUGGGGGCGCUGAGCUACGGAGCUGUGGGUCACUACCAGGUGAACCUGGGGGGGUCUGAGGGGGGAGACCAUCACCAUCGCUCCCACAUGCCUCGCUCCCAUCAGAGCCGAAGGGAGCAGGUGGGUUCGCCAACGCCAUCCCCCCACCCGGAGGUGGGAGGCCGGAACUGCCUAUUGAUAAAUGAGGAGGGGUACCUGCAGGACUCCAGUGUCUUGUACCCAGAACAUGGUGUCCCAGAGUCGGGUAACAGAGCCGGCCACAGGGGGCUAUCCUCCAUCCACUCUGGAAGCUCAGCCCACAACAACAACACAGAGAGCCUGUAUGAUGCUGCUGACGACUUUGGACACUCUUUAAACCUCAGAGAUCGUUCACAAGAGCAGGUAACAGGAGUAGGGGGGAGGCGUCAUGCCUGCAAUCAAUGUACCAUGACCUUCCCAGACUUUGGUUCCCUCAAGGCCCACAAGCAGACACACAAAACUGGUAGAGAGUCAGGGUCUGGGCCUCCGUACUCCUGCACCCAGUGCGGUAAGACCUUCACCCAGGCCUGCAACCUCAAGGUCCACCAGAGGGUCCACCAGGCAGAGGGACUCCACCUCUGCAGCCACUGCGGCAAGGGCUUCACCUCCUUCUCCGACCUGAAGAGGCACAAGUGCAGCCAGACCACAGACAAGCCCUACUGCUGCUCCAUCUGUGGGAACAAGUUCAGUCGGCUCUGGAACCUCAAGCUGCAUCAGCGCAUUCACACACAGGAGAAACCCCACCGCUGCACUAUGUGUGACAAGAGCUUCACACGCGCAGACAUUUUGAAAGUGCACCUACGCAUCCACACCGGGGAGAGACCGUACUGCUGCGCUGUGUGUGGACUCCGCUUCAAACGACUGGACCAUCUGAAGUUGCACCAGCGCAAACACAGGCCGGAUCUCCUGAACUGAAUAAAAAAAAAAAAGUUACUUUUUUUGUUCUUUAGCAUAUGCUUUUAUCCAAAGCGACUUACUUUUAGUGCAUUCAACUUAGUUGGUUCGUUAUUAUUUUAUUUGACAUUGAGAAAAAAAAAGUUUUUUAUCAAUUGUUUAUUAAUAAGAACAUUGAAAAUAUGAGCUGUUGGAAAUCUAACCAUGUGUUGAAUAAGAGUGUAUGCCUUAAAUGAUACAUUGUCUGUGAAUUGUCUGUCAUAAUGACCAUGCCAACCUACCAAACAUUAGAAUAAUACUGCUUUCAUGAAGUCUGCAGUGGUGUAAAGUACUUAAGGAAAAAUACUUUAAAGUACUACUUAAGUAGUUUUUUGGUGUAUCUGUACAUUACUAUUUAUGUUUUUUACAACUUCUCCUUUUACUUCACUACAUUCUUAAAGAAAAUAAUGUACUUUUUACUCUACAUUUUCCUUGACACCCAAAAGUACUUGUUACAUUUUGACAGGAAAAUGGUCCAAUUCAGGAGAACAUCCUUGGUCAUCCCUACUGCCUCUGAUCUGACGGACUCACUAAACACAAAUGCUUUGUUUGUAAAUUCAUGGCAGAGUGUUGUAGUGUGCCCCUGGCUAUCCAUUAAAAAUAAAAAUUAAUUGUGCUGUCUGGUUUGCAAAAUAUAAGGAAUUUUAAAUUAUUCAUACUUUCACUUUUGAUACUUAAUUACAUUUGAGCAAUUCCAUUUACUUUUAAUACUUAAGUAUAUUUAAAACCAAAUACUCUUAGACUUUUACUCAAAUAGUAUUUUACUGGGUGACUUUCAGUUUUACUUGAGUCAUUUUAUAUGAAGGUAUCUUUACUUUACCUCGUAUGACUUUUGAGUACUUUUUCCAUCACUGCAAGUCGGAAACUGGGAACCUCGGAGUUAAAAUUAAGUUAUUUGCAUAGAGCUUCCAAUUGGUUGAUUUUGAUACCCAAGUUUCCCACUUGGAAAGUAUCAUCUUUCUACAACGAUUUCCAAGUUGUACAUUUUUGAGUUUGUUAGUUCCGACAUGUCAUGAAUGCAGCAUGUGACUCAUAUCUUCUGUUCAUCAAGCUUGCUUUCUACCACAGUCACUACCCAUACUGUAACCAUGCAUUUUCUUCCUCUACAUAAUACUCUGUUAACUGAAUGAAUUGAACCUGAAUUGCCGUAAUUGUCUUUUAUGUACAAUAAAUAUUUUGCUCCCCA